UGAGAGCACACAAGGUAUCAGAUCACUUGACUUCUAAAUUGGUUGCCUGGUAUAAGGAGAAACAAGCUGUCAGAGUAGAUGUGGACAAGGAGGACACAAGAAUAGUUUUUGAGAAAGUUUUGGCAAAUUUAGCACGUUCUGCACCACCUGUUCCAGGCUUCCGCAGGGAAAAAGGAGGGAAAACAUCUAAGGUUCCUAGGGACUUUCUACUGCAGAUACUUGGUGAAGAUCGAGUUACCAAUUUUGUAAUCCGGGAAAUUGUUACCUCAACCCUCGCUGAUUAUGUGAAGAAGGAGAACUUGUCUGUGAAGGAUAACAAGAUUAGCACCACCCAAACUGCCGAUGAACUCAAAUCAUCGUUUACUAUUGGAGCUGAAUUCGGAUUCAACGCCACCUUAGAGCUUGAAGAUGCAAAAACUGAAGCCACCACAGACUGACAGAAGAUGUGACACUUGUUUUGCGUAAACGUCAAUCUCAUUAUCUAAUCUGUUAGAAUCAGUAAUUCUUGAGGCCAGUAGAUUGAAGAUCUUCAAAGAGCUACUCCUAUUAAUUUGUAAAAUGUGAGAAGUGAUGGCUUAGGUUGCAUGCAUGAUAUAUACAUUAUAUAAUGUUAUGGUGUAACAUUUCUCUUUAUGGCUUUGUUGGGUUGUCA